AUGGGCUGCUUCCUCUUAGAACCCCGAUCCGAAGCAUGGGUCGGCUCUUUGGAAGCUUCUGGUAACUUUCGCGGUCAGGAGGCGGUAGGGAAGAUUCCCACAGACGACACCAAAUUUGAUCCCGUCCGGAAGCAAAGUCAGAAAAAGGUUGGCUGCGCUGUCGCCGGUGUUGACGGAAAGUCAUUGAGACGCCUGGUUGACUUGGUGCUUUCUUUUACCUCCCGCUCCUCAAGCGCCGAUCCCAGCUCCCCCCGCCAACUGUACUCCUCCCCAGCCGCCGGUGCCGUCCCGCAAAUCGAGUCCCUCUCGCUCUUUCGCGAUGUGCCCGUACUCGAGCGCCAGGCGCUCUUUCUCCGCAAACUCCGAAUCUUCUCUGUGCUCUUCAACUUCUUUGACACGCUCAAGUCAGCCCGCGAGAAGGAGGUGAAGCGGCAGACGCUAUUGGAGCUCAUCGACUUCGUGCAAUUCGGCUCCGGCCGGCUCAACGAGCAGGUACAGGAAGAGCUCGUCCAUACUGUGGACGUCAAUAUCUUCUGCAGUCUCCCUCCAGUUUCCCAUGAAAACACUGGCGUCGAGCCCACCGACCCGGAGGAGGAGGACCCCUACAGCACUAUUAUUGUCCAAUGCCUACAGAAUUUGCCUCAAAAUAAUAAGAAAUUCACCUUCUCAUCUGAUUGCCGCACAUUCAACUUCCUGGUUGACAAAGAAUUUGUGUUCCUUGUGGUAGCUGAUGAAGCAGCUGGAAGAAGUGUUCCAUUUGUGUUUCUAGAACGUGUCAAGGAUGAUUUCAUGCAUCGCUAUGGACAAAGUAUCAGUGGUAACAACUCCCAUCCACUCAUUGAUGAGGAAGAUGCUGAUAUGUUUGGGGACAUAUUUAGCACUGCUUACAGUCUUGAUAGGGAAUUUGGUCCAAGGCUGAAGGAGCAUAUGGAGUAUUGCAUAAAUCAUCCAGAGGAAAUGAGCAAACUUUCAAAGCUGAAAGCUCAUAUAACUGAGGUUAAAGGAAUAAUGAUGGACAAUUUAGAAAAGGUUCUGGAUCGAUGCGGGAACUGGCAGAAUCCCUGGAGUUGGUGCUACAAGUAG